AUGCCGUUCUCCUGGCGGCGUCCUUUCCAGAGUAGCGAAGAGUCUCAAUCUACGGAAGUAGAAGAGAGAGGGUCGUCAUCGGACAGUGAUCCAUCCGAGCUCGUUGCCGGAGGCACGUAUUAUGUCGCAGGGAAAGCAGCCAACAAUACAGAGGUAUCUUAUCAAGAUGCCGCCGGUGCGCCUGUUGAAGAGUCUUCACCCUUGGGAUAUAAUGUUGGGCCCAUGACAAUUCUAUUUCUGAAUGUGAGUAAGAUGAUCGGCACAGGCAUCUUCUCAACUCCCUCAAGCAUUCUCUCUGGAACCGGCAGCAUUGGUCUAAGUCUGAUAUGGUGGGCUCUUGGAUUUUUAACUUCAACAUGCGCGUUUUCUGUCUAUCUCGAGUUCACGUCUUACUUUCCGUCGCGGUCUGGAGCCGAGGUGGUUUACCUUGAGCAGGCAUUUCCACGGCCACGUUGGCUGAUGUCAACGGCAUUUGCUUUUCAGACUGUGAUUUUGUCGUUUAGCAGCGGAAACUGUUAUGUUCUGGCCGAGUACAUCUUCAAAAUGUCAGAUCACAACCCAACCGAUUGGCAGUUAAAGGGAGUAGCCGUGGCUGGCUACACUGUCGCAGUCCUUGCUGUGGUCUUGCACAACAAACAUGCGUAUCACUUUGCCAACGUAGUUGGUUUCAUCAAGCUUUCUACACUGCUCUUCAUCUCUAUCACUGGUUUUGUAGUCCUUGGAGGACAUACUCGAAUUAAGAACCCGACGGCCAAUUUCCACAAUUCGUUCGAGGGUAAAGCUACUGCCUAUGGAACGACAAACAGUUUAUACAAGAUUAUUUUCUCCUAUGCCGGAUUCGAAAAUUCCUUCAACGUUGCGAAUGAAGUCAAGAAUCCCGUCAAGAAAAUUCGACGCAAUGGCUUCAUUGCCAUAUGUACCGUUACAGUCCUUUACAUUCUGACGGUUGUUGCCUAUUAUUCGGCCGUUCCGAAGGAAGACAUUGUCGGCGGCAAGCUUACUGUUGCCAAUCUAUUCUUCGUGAAUGUUUUUGGAGACAGCAAGGGUAUCAGAGCGCUCAACUUUCUGAUUGCAAUCAGUGCUUUUGGUAAUCUAGUAGCAGUGUUGAUUGGAAGCUCGAGGGUUAUUCGUGAAUGCGGUCGACAAGGUGUCCUCCCUUUCACCAAUUUCUGGGUCUCGACUUAUCCUUUUGGCACCGCUCUUGGACCAUACCUGUUCAAAUAUGUCAUUACUCUCAUCAUGAUCUUAGCACCCCCUGCUGGAGAUGCCUUCAACUUUGUUACUGACCUUGGUGUUUAUCCCGGCUCUUUCUUUGACUUUCUGAUGAGUGUUGGUCUUCUUAUUGUGAGGCAUAAGCGAAAAGCUCUCAAUUUGCCAAGACCCGUGUUCAAGGCCUGGGAUAUCGCUAUCUACUUCAGCAUUCUCAAGAACCUCUACCUACUCAUCAUGCCGUGGUACCCUCCUGCAGGAGGAGCAACUGGUGGCGACGUUAGUUUCUGGUACGCUACGUAUGUAGUUACCUCUGUUGGCAUCCUCGUGGGCUGUGCGGCCUACUUUUGGCUGUGGGUUCACGGCAUUCCUCGUCUCCGAGGCUACAAAAUCCGCGAAGAAGUGGUUACUCUCGACGAUGGCGCGAAGAGUCAUAAGCUGGUCAAAGUGCCAAACGCUGAAGUUGAGGAGUGGGAUAAGAGGCACGACCAUGCUGGACGCAUCAUCACAGAGGCCGUGGAUCCAGUUGACGAGGCACAGAGCAAGAUUUUGAUAGCAGGAAAGGAUGGCACAUUGUCCACCACCCAAUAA